GAUGAAUUCCAAAUUUUUUCCGUUAUUUUUAACUUCAAUUUUGAUUCAAGCAAACUCUGAAAGGCAACCCAGAAUCUGGGCAGGUAAAGAAGCUCAAAGAGGUCAAUUUCCAUAUCAAGUUUUGUUGAUUGUGGAUCCGAUAUAUUGUGGAGCUGCGGUUCUCAAUGAAAACUAUGUCAUCACAGCAGCUCAUUGUGUGAAAGGAAAACCCAUUAAAAACAUUUUUCUUUACUUUGAUGUACUUCAGUUUUCAGAUGCAAAUUCAAACAGCACACUUCGCAAAGUAAUUGAUGUUAAAAUCCACGAAGACUUCACUUUAGCAGAAUUUUCCAACGACAUUGCUUUACUGAAGCUAGAUGUGCCAUUGACGUUCAACAAGUUCAUUCAACCAGUAGUUCUUCCAGAUCCAAAAAUCGAUGUAGCGAAUAAACUGUUGACGUUAUCUGGAUGGGGAAUCUAUGACAAAUCUUUAGAAGGGAGUAAUUUUCUUCGUUAUGCCUCAGCAAGAGCAAUGGACAAGAAAAAGUGUAAAAGGUCGUUACAAAAAUAUAAUAUUUCUUCAAAGAGAAUUUUAUGUCAAACUUCGAUAGAUUUUGAUGAUGGACCAUCAUGCUCAGGAGAUUCCGGAGGCCCUGUAGUACUUAAUGGAACGUCUGUGUUGGUUGGAAUCGUUAGUUUUGGCAUUGAUUGUGGAUUUGGAGAAAAUACGAGUUAUAGUAUGAGAGUUUCUGAUUUUAUGGAUUGGAUCAAGAAAAAUAUGAAGGAUUAAAAAUUUGACCUUAAAUACCAAAA